CAAUCACUGCCACAUGUUGUGUUUCAAAAAUCUUCAUCAACUAGACAAAAUCCUCAGAGACUGUCCGAGACAGGGGACCAAACUCGAGAGAGAGAGAGAGAGAGAGUCUUUAUUAGUGUGCUGCAAAGACUUGAAGGCAAGAGAAGAAACUGCAUGAGUGGUCGCUGUACUGUGAGGAGUUGGAACAGAGGAAUUACCCAAUUGACCGAUCACCACGGAUCGUACAAGAGGAAGAAGAAGAGGAAGAAGACGAAGACUGAGAUUUACUUCAGCUCUCCCCACACGUGCGGAUUCACUGCGCCUCUCCUCUUGUCCACAUGUCGAGCUAUGGAGUCAGAGAGCUCACAUGGGAAAAUGGGCAAUUAACUGUCCAUGGUUUAGGAGAAAUUUUGCAGCCGAACACCUCGUCUAGGCCCAUAUGGACCGAACCUCUCGGCGGCUGCGAGACCUUGGAGUCCGUGGUUCACCAGGCUGCUCUGCAGAGCAAGCAUCCGAGCCAGGAUGGUCCGAACCACCAACCGGGCAACAGGGACGGUCCAGGGGCGAGAAAACGUCAGCAUUGGGAUGGAGAUUUGUGGUUUGGGUUGCAAGAGGAGAGCCUCGGGCUCGGUCAGAGUCUCUCCGCAAGUGCCAGUCUUUCCAACGACACAAGAUCUAUGUCUUGGGCAUCUUUCGAGUCUUGUCGGAAUUUGAAAACAGCCAGAACUAGAGGAAAAGACCAUGUCCGUUCAGGAUCGGAAACACAAGAAACAGAAGGAGAAGAACAAGAGACGCAGGAGGGAAGAGAACGUUCUUGCAGAAGAAGAGGAAAGGCUGCAGCCAUUCAUAAUGAAUCCGAGAGGAGACGACGAGAUAGGAUCAAUCAGAGGAUGAGGACACUUCAGAAGCUACUUCCUAAUGGAAGUAAGAUGGAUAAAGUCUCGAUCUUGGACGACGUGAUCGAGCAUCUGAAACAGCUGCAAUCUCAAGUCCAGUUUAUGAGCAUGAGAUCCAACUUACCACAUCAGAUGAUGAUGAUGAUGCCGCCAUUGCCACCCCAAUCCGUUCUCAGCAUGCAACACCAGAAACAGCAACAGCAACAGCAACAACAGCAACAGCAACAGCAACAACAACAACAACAACAAUUUCAGAUGGCUCUUCUCACGACAAUGGCGCGUAUGGGAAAUGCUUUAGGAGGAGGUUAUGUUCAUCCUCCACCACCACUGAUGGUUCCUCCCAUGACAAACAGAGACUGCAACAACUGUUCUUCAGCCGCCAUGUCUGAUCCUUACAGCGCUUUCUUUGCACAGACAAUGAACAUGGAUCUUUACAACAAAAUGGCUGCAGCUAUCUAUAAACAACAGUCCGACCAAACCACACAGGUAACUGCUACGACCAACAUUCCCUCUCAUGCUUCAGAUCAUGAGAAAGGAGAUUGAUCUAAGAGUAUUAUGUGUGUGUGUGUGUAUAUAUAUAUAUUGCCUUGUAUUUAUCAACAUUAGAUUGAAAUAAAUGUUUGCUGCUGUAUAAAUACUCCAUUAUCUUCAGACAUCGAACUCAGCACAAACAAAGCCCAAUUUUUAAUUGACUAAACAAGUUGAA